AUACAGUUUAUCGUCGACGCCGAACGAGGCAUCAUAGAGAGAGCCUGUGUACAAUCCAAAACGUGUCCCCUUUUAAUUUUUUCGUUGUGGAACGACGAGUCGCCGACACAGAAUGAAAACAAAUAACAUGCGUGAAAGAUAAUUGAAACAAUCGUUCGUUUGUUGGAACAACAGCUCGACUGCAAUCAUGGAUAAUUCGGAGUUGCUGUUUUUCGAUACCUUUUCCCAUGAAAUAUCCGAAGAAUUGAAUUUGGAUUUGGUACAGUUUCCAAAACCCGUGUAUAUAAGUGAAGUGCGCAUCAUACCUCUGGGAGCAAGGGUACAGGCUGAUUUUCCUGGCGGAGUGAGGCUUGGAGCGACCAAUCCAUCACAGUUUGAAAUCGAAUUUUUUGUCAAUGACUUGAGCAAACCUGGAGCUUCUUCGUUUGAAUCUUUAGGUGGCUUGGAGUAUAAACAAAACAUCAAUAUCCAACUUGAGUGCGAUAGGAAGCACUUGCCUACAGAUGGAUUAGUUUUAAGAGGAUUGUACACAACCAUCACCUUGGCAGUUUAUGGUACAUUAACAAAAACUCUCACGAGUCCUCAAGAAGUUCAGCCACCUGCUCCAACUACUACACCGGUUGUUGUUCCAUCACCAGUUAAAGAAGAGCCUGUCAAAAAGAGCAGUCCAGCGCCCGAGCCUGAACCAGAAUGGUUUCAUGACAAACAAGCUCAUCCUGCUAAUCCCCCACAUACUCCUCACCCCCCUCGUACUCCUCAGUCUUCGCGUUCUUCACAUUCUCCUCACACACCUCAUCCACCUGCAGCUACGCCAGAAGCAUGUGCAGUACCCACACCCUCUCCACCAGUACAUCAAAUUCCAGUUAUUGAUUCAACUAGAACACCAUCUGCAGAACCAGCCAAAUCAGACACUUGGGAUGAAGAUAGUGAAAAGAAAGAAUCUCCCAACAAAUUUACCAAAAGACCUUCAACUCCACCUGCAGAGUCUUUGGUAUCUUUGAGUCCGGAAUCAAUAUCAGCUGAGGAAGAAGAAGCUGAGCCUGAGCCCGAAGAACCUAUUGAAACACCUACCAUUGAGGCUGAACCUUUUGAGCCUAUUCUUUCUGACGAAGAUGUAAUGGCUGAUGAUGAUCCUCCAGUGCUAGAGUUUGAAAUUGAUGAAUCGCAAAUUGAUGAAAUGUAUGCUAUUCAUCGACCCGACUUACUUGCAUUAGAAUAUCAAGAAUGUGUUAAAGAAGUUGACAGAAGUAAUAUCGAUAAAUUGAUCGAUUCAAUUGCAUUGCUCUCAAAGUCAGUCUCUAAUUUUAAUAAUUCAACGGGACAAGAAAAAGAAACAUUCGUUCACAAUUGCGAGAGUUUAUGUGCAACUCUGGGAGAAAUUCAACUCAGCAAGGAGGACAUAAAAAAUCUAUCCAACAUAGUAGACAUCGGACUGAACACCGAGCUCGCCUGUUCUCAGCCUCAACCGGCCUAUAAAGUGCGUCACGUUAAAGUCGGCGUAAGAUUAGCCGAGGCUCUGUGUCGCUUAUCCGUCGGUACGGACAUCCUUCUGCAAGUCGAGGCGCCGAUGAGACUGUUGUCUCUGUGCAUGAGAGAGAACGUCGCUCUACCCGUCAAACUAGCCGCCAUCAGAUCCGUCGACGCAAGCUUGAUCAGUCCCAAAAUAGUGGAGGAGUUCACCAAGCCCGAUAACGAGCUGUACAAGCUCUGCUUGGAGAUGCUGGACACCGCGAAACUUGCCAGGCUCAAGUACGCCCUCAGCUCCAUGAUCCGCAAGAUUCACAUCUACGAGCUGCUCUCGGAAAUGCAAGAUCUCUCCGUUAUGGAAAUCGAGGAACUAACGAACGCCUAUGCGUACGCGACGACCCUCAUGGGUCAGCCCAAACGUCAUCUGCCCGCCAGCGCCCGCAUGGAGUUCGAGCGCGAGCAGAGCCGCAACCCGCGAAAACACCUGAUCGCCUACUUCGAUCAUUGGAGGCUCAUCGAUCGCCUGCUACUGGCCAUGUGCUCGCCCGAGUCCAGCGCCAGUUGCGUCGUGGCCUGUCGACGCUUCAUCGUGCUGCUGGGCGACAACGAGGAGGGCCUCAAGUACCUGCUGAAGAGGUCGCGAAGCACCAAGCUCAUGCUGGCCGCGUUGCAGUACGACAAACCGGGCAGUCUGGGCUCGCGUCUGGCCUGGCGGCUGCAAAUCGUGCAGUGUCUGCUGGCCAUACAGAAUCAACCCGACGACUGGACGUCGAUGCGACGACUGCACUCGUAUCUGGCGAUCAGCGAGGGAUUCGAGGCCAUCGUUGCCGUGGUGCCGAUCGGCGAUUUCGUCGAUAUCCUCGUAAACAGCCUGGCCAAGGAAGACCUGAUGGAGUUCGCCGCCGAGAUACUGGCCACCGUCAUUCGUUUCUCCAGCCGAGUGGGCAUUCUUCAAACGCGCGCCAACCAGCUUCUGGACAAACUGUCCGGCCAAGCCUGCGCCCGAGACGUGCUGCCUCAUCUGAAUAUCGCCGCGACCUACGCGCACUGGAGCCGCAGCGACGUGUCCUCCCUCGUCGAGAUCGUGCGCAAGCACGCCGACCGGGCCAGCUGUCUACCCGGCGAGCUCAUCGCGGCCUGCCGCAUACUCCAGCAUCUGGCCUUCCCCUCGCAGGACGACGUCGAUCCCAUCGAGCCUUACGUCGAGCUCAAGUAUCCCAACGCCGUGGUGCAAGUGUUCGCCGCGGACGGCCUGUCGGCCCUCGUGUCCGUCCUCGAGAUCAUCGGCCAGUUUUACGAGCAGCCGGCCCUGCACCGCACGGCCCUGUCAUCGCGCAAACGUCGCCUGCUGCUCGUCGACGUGCUCACGGCCUGCGUACGCCUCGUGCGCGCCAUGCUCGAGCGUCUCAUGAAGUGCAUCGGCAGCGAGUUCAAGGAUCUGACCGCGGUGACGCCUCUGCUGAGUAUCUACCUGCUGGUCGAGGCCAUCGCCAUCAAGGAACCGCCAGCUCGGGCUCUGUCCGACGAGAUAGUGGAGACGUUACUGGUCUUCACCGAAGCCGUGGAUCCAGACGGUUCGGGCAACGUGGCCAAGUCCCUCUGGACGCGUAUGCUCGGCGAGGUGCUCAAGAUCGUCGUCUCCACCCCGUGCAACUUCGCGCCCGGCCUGAAACUGCUCAGCCGACUGCUGCCGCCGGUGCUGUCGUCGGUGACGACCUCGGCGCGAGAACGACCGCGCGCCCUCGGUCUCCGGAAGCUCUGGUCGGCCCAUCUGCAAGCGCAAUCGGCGGGUCUGCAGGAGACACUGCGACUGCUCAGCGCCAGCUGGUGCCCGGAGCUUUUGCGGCUCGUCGCCGCGGUCUGCCGACAGCUCAGCGACCUGGCGGCACCCACGGCCCUGCUCGUUGGCCGCUGCCUCCUUGACGGCGUGGCUCAGCCCCUGGAGCAGCAUCUACCCAUUCUGGCGCUGCUCGCCGAGCUGGCCCGUCACGCGCCCAUGAAGGCCACCCUGCUCACCCUCACCUCGCCGGCGUCGCGCGCCCAGGUCAAGUCCGACCAGAAGUAUCCGCCCGUCAUCGAGAUGAUGGCACAGGGUCUGCGCCAGAGCAGCGAUCCCAACGUGCAGCGCGAGCUCGUCGAUCUGUUCGCCACCCUGUGCGACCAUCGGCUCAGCCUCGUCGAGUCCGAGCCCAGCGAGUGCCUCGACACGCGACUCUCCCACUCGGUGCCCAGCAAGGAGCCGCUACUCUGCAUCGUCGCGGCCCUCGUCGACAUCCUCUCCGGAGCCUCCAAGUAUCCGCUCGAGGUCGUCGAGAGCGCCCUCGGCGUGUUGCUCACUCUGACCAAGCAUAAUUACGGACUGUAUCAUGUGAAGAGUUGUUUAGAGAACAAGCCCGGUGCAUUGAAGAGUCUCUUGUUUUACAUCGUGGAGGAAGUCCUGGAGAAAGGCGACAAAGAAAAGAACGAAGCUUUGCCAGAAUUAGUGGCGAAAUUCCUCGAGAGCCUCGUGAACUGCAGCGGAGAUUUGGAGCGUACAUUGAGCUUGAGAAUCCAACACCUCGCGACCUUGCUGUCCUGGGAGCCGGAGAAUCAUCCGUUGACCAAGAUCCGCUUCGCCACCGAACUCGUCGAGCAGCUGCAAGAGACCGAGGACAAGGACGAGAAGGAGCCCAUACCGGAGAUGCUGGAACCUUUGCUACCGCCGCCAGAUGCCCUGUUGAAUCAGUUCGCCCAGAGGUCCAUCGAGCCGAGCUCGCCGAGCGAUCAUCGGGCGCACAAGAUACUGCUCGAGGCCCAGAGCAACAAGUCGCAGGAGACCGUGGACUUGCUGGCCCUGGCCACCGAGCUGCUGCCCGCCGAUUUCAAUCUGAUCGCCGAGACGCAACGCGUCUGCUCGAAGGUACCGUCGCACCAGGCGAGCCAGAUCAAGAGGUCGGACGACGGCUCGGACUCUAGGGAGCAGAAGCAACAGAUCAUAGCGCCGACGGCAAAAACCAAGCAGCCUUUCGUAACGCCGAUGCGCGGUCGCAGCCAGUACGCCAAUCAGUUGCGUGGUAACACCGUCGGAGUCGGCGUCGGUCGCGGCGCCGAUCCCUUCAGAUCCAGACCGCCCAACACGUCGCGACCCCCGUCGCUACACGUCGACGACUUCGUGGCGCUGGAGACGUGCGGCGCCCAACCGACCGGCCCGACGGGCUACAACAAGAUUAGCAUCCGAGGCUCCGGGCCGUCGCGCGCCGUGGUCGCGGGAUCUCGCGGCAGACCAUGGGUGCCGGAAACCCGUCCGCCCUACAUGCGAUAAUGAUGACAAUGUGACGCACCGAUGAUCAACGACAGUCGUGUGAAUUGAACGAUUGACCAUGUGUUAUGACUUUGGGAUUUAGGAGGGAUUCUGUUUUAAAUUAGACUUUAAAAAUAUUACUAUUGUAUAAAGAUAAAAUUACGAAACUUAUGAAUUCGUAUGAAAUGUGUGAUAAAUUUUUAUAUUACACAAUAACAAUGUACAUAGCAAAGACAGAUGAAUGAAUCUUUCAUCGUAUUAU